CACAGCUGUUUAGAAUAGAGUUCAUAGAAAUAGUAACUUGAUCCGCAACAUUUGUUGUUAUCAUUGCUUAAAUUAUUUAUAUCUCCCUAUUAUAUGAUCUGUCCAGUUGCAAGAGAACAAGAGUGUGUGUCAACGAAGUGCUUAGACGUGUUUCCAAAUCACAUCCCUUAAGGCUAGGAUAUCCACCGGAAUUAAUAGGCGGUGUGUUUUGGGAUAUCCUCUGAGAAGCGCAAGAACCACUGGGAAGCGAAAGCACUGAAAGUGAUCUCCUGACGGGUGAUGCCUUGUUCCAUGAGUAAUUUAAACCAGUAAACCGACCUGCGAGGCGCUGAGACGCUGCACUUUUGUAGUGUGCCUGGCCCUUUAAAUAAGCUGCGCGCCCAUCCUUCAGGGAACACUAGGGGAGAAAAGGGCCGUUGUCUGGCGGAGUAUCGUUAAUUACCGAGCCGGUGAAAAAGGGGACCAUAAAAAGACAUCCUCGCUCUGCCAGAGGCGGCCCGAUGACACUGAAACCGAACGCUCUCCAGUCACACCUCGUGGUCGGGUACAAGGCUCACGGAGACAUUGAGUGAGGAGAGAGGAGUGACGGCGGACCCUCAUCAGUCACCGCCCGUGCUUGUUUUGCCAGGCCAGCUGGCCUCGCCUCUCUCCCAUCAAUCGAACGGUGCAGGACCUGCUUGCUCGUCCGCCGGUUACCGCAAGGCAGACGAUGAGAUGUCCGGGACCACUUCACAGGCUGACCCCAUAGACGCCACAGCGAGGAUUGUCCUCCUCAACCACCCCCAGACCACAAAGUUCUGCGACAACCAUGUCAGCACGACCAAAUAUGGGAUCCUCACCUUCCUGCCGCGGUUCCUGUACGAGCAGAUCAGGCGGGCGGCCAACGCCUUCUUCCUCUUCAUUGCACUGAUGCAGCAAAUCCCUGAUGUGUCUCCCACGGGACGCUACACCACGCUGGUGCCCCUCAUCUUUAUCCUCACGGUGGCCGGGAUCAAAGAGAUCAUCGAGGACUAUAAGAGACACAAAGCAGACAACACAGUGAACAAGAAAAAGACAACAGUGCUGCGUAAUGGCUCCUGGCAAACAGUCAUAUGGAAACAGGUGGCAGUUGGGGACAUAGUGAAGGUGACCAAUGGCCAGCAUCUCCCAGCUGACAUGGUCAUAGUGUCCUCCAGUGAGCCCCAAGCCAUGUGCUACAUAGAGACCUCCAACCUGGAUGGAGAAACUAACCUGAAGAUCCGACAGGGGCUGUCCCUGACGGCAGCACUGCAGUCCCUGGAGGAGCUGAUGUCUCUGUCGGGCCGUCUGGAGUGUGAGGGACCCAACAGGCAUCUCUAUGACUUCACCGGCACGCUGCGCCUGGACAACCUGAACCCAGCUCCUCUUGGUCCAGACCAGGUGUUGUUGCGUGGAGCCCAGCUCAGAAACACCCAAUGGGUUGUGGGUAUUGUAGUCUACACCGGGCACGACUCUAAAUUAAUGCAGAACUCGACCAAGGCGCCCCUGAAGCGCUCCAACGUGGAGCGGGUGACCAACAUGCAGAUCCUCGUGCUCUUCUGCAUCCUGCUGGUCAUGGCCAUCAUCAGCUCGGUCGGCGCCGCCAUCUGGAACAAGCAGCACACCGAGGAGGCCUGCUGGUACCUCUCCCGCGCAGGUGACAUAUCGUACAACUUCUGGUACAACCUCCUUACCUUCAUCAUUCUUUACAACAACCUGAUUCCCAUCAGUCUUCUGGUCACUCUCGAGGUGGUCAAGUUCACACAGGCGCUCUUCAUCAACUGGGAUGUUGAGAUGUAUUACGCAGAAACAGACACCCCGGCUAUGGCUCGAACGUCCAAUCUGAAUGAAGAACUCGGACAGGUGAAGUACCUCUUCUCAGAUAAGACAGGAACGCUCACCUGUAAUGUCAUGCACUUCAAGAAGUGCACCAUUGCUGGCAUCACAUAUGGGCAUUUUCCGGACUUGGAAUGUGAUCGAUCUAUGGAGGACUUCAGUCAUCUGCCCUCCAGCAGUAAUAACUCCACGGAGUUUGAUGACCCCACUCUGAUUCAGAACAUCGAUAAGAACCACCCGACAUCUCCACAGAUCUGCGAGUUCUUGACCAUGAUGGCUGUGUGUCACACCGUGGUUCCUGAGCGGGAGGGAAACCAGAUCAUCUACCAGGCAUCCUCACCAGAUGAGGGAGCUCUGGUCAAAGGAGCCAAAGGCCUGGGCUUUGUCUUCACUGCUAGGACCCCAGACUCUGUCAUCAUUGAAGCGAGGGGGAAAGAGAAGAGCUUUGAGCUCCUGAAUGUGUUAGAGUUUUCAAGUAACCGCAAGCGCAUGUCAGUGGUGGUGAGGACUUCCAAUGGGAAGCUACGACUCUACUGCAAGGGAGCAGACAAUGUGAUCUUUGAGCGCCUAGCUGAGGUGUCCCAGUACAAAGAGCAGACUGUGGCUCAUCUGGAGCAGUUUGCCACUGAGGGUCUGCGGACGCUCUGCUUCGCCUUUGUGGACCUGGAGGAGGCGGCGUACCAGGAGUGGCUCAAGGAGUACACCCGGAUCAGCACCGUGCUCAAGGACCGGGCCCAGAAGCUCGAGGAGUGCUACGAGCUCCUGGAGAAGAACCUGCAGUUGCUGGGGGCUACAGCCAUAGAGGACCGGCUGCAGGCGGGGGUCCCUGAGACCAUUGCUACACUGAUGAAGGCCGAAAUCAAGAUCUGGGUCCUGACCGGAGACAAACAGGAAACUGCCAUCAAUAUCGGUUACUCCUGUCGCCUGGUGACCCAUGGUAUGUCCCUGAUCAUCGUCAACGAAGAUUCACUGGAUGCUACUCGCGCCACACUGACGGCCCACUGUUCGUCUCUGGGGGACUCUCUGGGAAAGGAGAACGAGCUGGCGCUCAUCAUCGACGGACAGACGCUCAAGUACGCCCUCUCCUUUGAGGUGCGCCAGGUCUUCCUGGACCUGGCGCUGUCCUGCAAGGCGGUCAUCUGCUGCAGGGUAUCUCCUCUGCAGAAGUCUGAGAUUGUGGACAUGGUGAAGCGGCACGUGAAGGCGAUCACGUUGGCCAUCGGCGACGGUGCCAACGAUGUAGGCAUGAUCCAGACAGCUCACGUGGGAGUCGGCAUCAGCGGCAAUGAGGGCAUGCAGGCAACCAACUCGUCAGACUACUCCAUCGCACAGUUCUCGUACCUGGAGAAGCUGUUGCUGGUUCACGGAGCCUGGAGUUACAACCGCGUCACUAAAUGCAUCCUGUACUGUUUCUAUAAGAAUGUGGUGCUGUAUAUUAUCGAGCUCUGGUUUGCCUUUGUGAACGGCUUCUCUGGGCAGAUCCUGUUUGAACGCUGGUGUAUUGGCCUCUAUAAUGUGAUCUUCACAGCGUUGCCUCCCUUUACUCUGGGAAUCGUUGACCGGCCAUGCAGUCAGCAGAAUAUGCUGCGCUUUCCCCAGCUCUACCGUAUCACUCAGAACGCAGAGGGCUUUAACACCAAGGUGUUUUGGGGUCACUGCAUAAACGCACUCAUCCACUCAAUCAUUCUCUUCUGGUUUCCUCUGAAAGUACUGGAACACGACACUCCAUUUGAGAAUGGCAACAGUGUUGACUACCUGUUCGUGGGAAAUAUUGUUUAUACGUAUGUGGUGGUAACUGUUUGUCUGAAAGCUGGAAUGGAGACCACUGCUUGGACCAAGUUCUCUCACCUGGCUGUGUGGGGCAGUAUGGUGCUCUGGAUGCUCUUCUUCACCGUCUAUUCCGCCAUCUGGCCCUCAAUACCCAUAGCUCCAGAUAUGCUGGGUCAGGCAGGUCGGGUGAUGCAGUGCUGGAGCUUCUGGCUGGGCCUGGUCCUGGUGCCCACCGCCUGUCUGCUCAAAGACAUAGCAUGGAACGCCGGGAGGCGUACGGUGAGGAAGUCUCUUCUGGAGGAGGUCCAGGAGUUGGAGGCGAGGGCUGUGGACCCUGGUGCGGCCGUCCUGAGAGACGCCAGCGGACGAAGACCUAUUUCCAGAGGAAUGUCCAGCCUUGUGGGAUUGUGUCUGAAUGAGCGUGCCCACCUGCUGACGCGUGUCUUUAGGAAAACGCCCUCCAGUGUGGGGCGCUCCAACUCCGUGCAACAGACCGUGUCACAUGGCUAUGCGUUCUCCCAGGAAGAGCAUGGGGUGGUGUCUCAGUCCCAAGUGGUCCGCUCGUAUGACACCACCCGCCAACGGCCCAGCGUGUAACCCCUGGCAACCGCCUCACCGGUCGCCAGGGGAACGCUAGGGGCAACAGCCAAUGAAGAUAAAGACUUUUUGUGACACCCUCGCCGGGUGGUACUGCUGUGGCCUUACCGGAACUGUUUAAAAGCAUAACGAAAUGAGGAAAAAGAAAAAUGGAUGAAAGGAAAAGAAAAACAGGUGUAGAUGCCUCUAGGAGCAGCCAGCUGAAGCUGUUGUAGAUGGAGAGGGGGCGUGUUCUCACCAUAGACUGGCCAAUCAGCAGUUGUACCACACACAGACUGAGGGGGGCCAGCCAAUCAAAUCUUAAAGGGACGCCAAAAACCGUCGGACAUCAUAAGGCUUGAAAAAAAAAAAAAAAAACACAUAACAAAACGAAACAAAGCAACAGUGAUGUAUGUGUCUGCUCUGUAAUUGAAUCACACACAGAGAAAGUGCAAUAUCUUGUUCCUGUGUAUGUGUUCAUUAGUCUGCAUGUGUGUCCUUUCUGUAUGAUGGCAAUAUGUGUGUGUGUGUGCGCGUGUAUGCGUGCACAUGCACGUGUGUGUGUGUGCGCAUGUGUUUGCCUGCGUGUGUAUGUGUAACUCCCACGUGUGUAUGGUGUGCAUGUAUACUCAUGCAUUGGAGAGUUUGUGUGUGGGUGUUCACAUGGGAGGAUGAGGUCUGUGUGUGUGUGUGUGUGUGUGUGUGUGUGUGUGUGUGUAUGUGUAGGGGGUAAUGCGGGGUGGGUGGGGGGUGCUUGUGUUUGUUUAUGUCUCCACUCUUCCCUCUCUCAUCUACCUCUGCUGAUAUAGGGGUUUAACGCAUCUGUCAUCGCCUGGGCAACCAAAGGGGGUGGGGUGGGGUGAAGUCUCUAAAAUAAACACCAAACAUGGGGGCUGCAGCGGAAUUCCUUUUACAGACAUCGGAAAAGUUAUGUGUGUAUGUGGGGUGGGGGUGGGGGGUUGCUCUAGAAGUGUGUCUGUGCAUGUAGGUGUGUGUGUGUGUUUCUUUAAGGCAUAUGCAGACAACAGCAGUGAGUAACAUCCAGACUUGUCCUCUCUAGUGUUAGUCCUACACACACAUACACACACACACACACACACACACACACACACGCAUCUCUUCUCCUAUGCCCGUGCCCACUGAUCUGGCUGCCAAGACACACAGAGGUGCCAGGGAGGCAGAACUCCCCUACCCUCGCCCAUGUUGGUGACUAACCCAGAGGGGGCAAUCCCCACAUACUCAGCAAGCCCUCCUGCUCCUGACAGACACUACUACUACUACUCUCUCCCCUGUUUCCUGUGUCCUUCUUACACAAGUCUUUCUUACUUACCGGUACUCUCUUUUCUGACUUUACCUUCUCUGUGUCUUUCUCUCACACAUGCUUUCUGAUCCUCUGAUCCUCUUGUGUUCCUCGUUCAUUCCAUUCCUCUGAAAUUUCCCAGAUCCCCCUUUUUCCGGCUCUUUCUCUUUCUCUCUCUCUGUACCUUCCUCCUGUUUCUUCAGCUUCUUCCACCUCUCCUCUCUUCUCUUUGGACUUCUUUCCAUUUUCUUUUCCCCCUCCCCUCUUUUCCCCAGAGCCCCCGUGGAUCCCAUCCUGUGAUCUGGCCAGUUGCCCCAGAUGCUGACUUAGCCCGAGUCACAGCUUGUAGCACUUCAAUCUCAAUUUUUUUUUUUGUCAGAUUUAAUGGACUGUUUCUUUUUUUCUUUCUUUUGUCGAAUAAAAUGGACCAGUGUUUCCGUG